CGUGGCCGUCCGUACGGCCCGGACCCCUAAGGCGUCGGAGGGUCCAGGGCGCGUUCUGGGCGGCAAGGGGGGGCACGGUUCGGGCCUUGUCCACGUUGGGGCCACUUGUAGGGUGUGAACGAUGGCACCUAGAAAAGGAAGGGGAGAGCAGCAGUUUGUCCCAGUCAGUAAGGACAAACAGAGGCAGGCGGAGCUCAAGUUCGGCGGAUUCAAGUGGAUAACGAAGGGGCUAACACUGCCGGACUCCAAUGGGAAUUUUCUCAUGGAGUGCAAGUUGUGCGGCCGGGGUUUUCAGGGCAGUCAAUCGAAGGCCGCACAACACUUCACUAUAAAGAACAACUGCGCUAAAGUCACCACGGAGCAGCUCGCUGAGAUCUGGAACAAGACAAACUACUCGUUCGAUCAGAGCCACCAUCGGAAGAUCAUCGACUUUCUGGGGUCUUGUGGGUUUCGAGACAAUAGAAAUACUUCAGGGAGGGAGCAGGCGGGGGAGGAGUAUGACGACAGAGAGCAGGAGAGGAGGGCGGCCGAGGGGGUAGGUGAUGAUAGUGACAGUGAUUCACAGGACAUGGACGUGCGGCGAGAGGCGGAGCGCGCCAGGGGAAAGAUGAGGGGGGACAAGGCCGUUGCCGAGGACAGCACCUCGGACGAGCACGACGAUGACGACGAUGACGACGACGAUCAGGGUGCAGACCUUGGGGCGUCUCUUGAUGGGGGUCUGAUGGCCGCUGGCCGUCGAGGCCAAGAGGGGGCUGCCAAAGCGACGAAGGACGCCGUGCAAUCGAAGAAGAGAAAGAGGAAGGCAACGACACCAACUCCUCCUCUGCUGAAGAAGGGCAAAUGGUGGUACGUGAGCGGGAUUCCAUUCGAGGCGGCGAGGAGGCCGGAGUACCAGCGAGUGAGGAAGCGGUUGCUCGAGUGUCUGCCGUAUACACAUCCUGCGUUGCCCACGCACCGUCUCAUUUCCGGCGACGGUAUUCCACAACAGCAGCGAGUUGUGGCGGAGAUGGUGGUGGUCGUCCGCAAGGACAUUGUGGCGACGGGAGCGACCAUCCUCACGGAUGGUCGCAAGUCCAUCACUAGCAACCAGAUCGUCAACUUCCUUGCCGCUGGGCCCACGGGAGCCUACCUUUUCAGGACUGUGCAGCGCGACGGUGCUGUCCAGGAGACAACCGAGGUGGUGGUGGAGCGAUGGAAGGACGUGUUCGACAACUUCCGUGUCGAAAACGUCAACGCGAUUUGCACGGAUUCUGCGUCCGCGUAUGUGGCUGCAUCCAAGCUCCUGGCGAAGGAGGAGGUCAAAGACAACAUUCCUCCACCUCGUGAUGAGGUGGUUCGGCCAGCUGACCGAGUCACGGAGGUGCAGCGCGAGCGGCAGGUGCAGCGCGGGCGGAAGGAUCGCCUUUCCAAGGCUCCGCCCAGCGUCGAGACAUAUUUCGGUCGUCGCGCCACGGUGCUCAUGCCGACUGAGUUGGACGCCGUGUACGAUCCCGAGCCGGAUUCUAUGGCUCAGGACCCAAUGGAGGCGGAGCCGUGGUCUGAUCCAGACGACCUGGCAGUGGAGUCUGAGCCCGGAGAUUCUGAUGAUGGUGGCGACAAUGUUUCUCUCGCCGAGAUAUUGCAUCCUUGGACGCGUGCUUCCACUGCAUCCGCUGCGCAGCAUCCUCCUCCCCCUCCACCUCCGCCCCCGAGUGCGCGUCCUUCCACUGCAUCCGCUGCGCAGCAUCCCCCUCCCCCUCCACCUCCGCCCCCGAGUGCGCGUGCUUCCACUGCAGCCGCUGCGCAGCAUCCCCCUCCACCUCCACCUCCGCCUUCGAGUGGUCGUGCUCCCACUGGAGCCGCUGCGCAGCAUCCCCCUCUACCUACAGAUCGUCCAGGACAUGGCGAGCAGGGGACUCGCGAGAUUGUUGACGAGCGAGACGGCGACGACGACGAUGAUAGAGAGUGGUACGAGGGCAGCGGUGAGGACGAGGAUGAUCUCACCUAUUCCCCGAGACGCGGACGUGGUGACGACGACGACGACGACGACGAGGGCAGCGAUGGUGCACAUGCUGCAAGUGGUUUGCGGAGGUCAUAUCGACAUCGUGUCGACCGAUGCAGUGGUGCAGGCAGGGAGGACAGCGGUGCAGGCAGGGGUGUGGGGGGCGCAGGACACACAGGGGGUGCGGGCCGUGGUGGCGGAGGACGGGCGAGGCGAGAGUCUGCAUCCUCCACUCGCACUGUGCACUGGGUUGAUGAGGGUGCCGCGACAGGAGAGGUUGGCGCCGGGUCGGCAGAGUUUGCUGUUGCAUCGGCAGAGGCCGCUGCAGAGGCCUCUCCCUCCGCCGGAGAGUUCGCAGUGGCAUCUGAGGAGGUCCCAGGGGGCUUUGCAGAGGUUGCUGGCGAGGCUGUGCAGGUUGGGAGGGCUUCUGCGCAGUUGGGUGUCAGUUUUAGUGGUAUUCUUGAUGUUUCGUUGGGGCUUCCUCCGACACCGGCAGGCGAGCGUGGCAGUGGUGACGCAGCGGCUACGCCCGUCAGUCAGAUACUCCGGGAUGUACCUUCAUGCAGCAUGGGUGACAUCAGUAGCAGCAUGUUGCAGGAGGCAGCAGCGGGGACACAGGGUUCGUCGGGGCAGGAGGAGUGUGCAGCAGGGGACGGUGGGGAUUGUCGACCUGAGCAGGAGCGAGCGAUAGAGUCGGAGCAGGACAGGAUCGACCGAGAGGAGAGGGAGAGGGCACACGACUUGGCUAGCCGUUGCGAGAUGACACAGAGUAUUGCGUCGAGGGCACGGGCAGAGCGGAUGCUCGAGACGGGCGGUGGUGAGGGUCAUCGUGCGACGGACGAUGCAGUGCUUGAGUGUGGAGGCGCGGGCGCCGGGGAUGCAGGCGAGAGACCCGCGUCGCCGGUUCAGGGUGUUUGUAUAUUGCCUAUCGGUGGAGCCAUGACGGCGGGGGAGUUGGAGCGACAGGUACGAGAGGACCCAUUGCAGGCAGAUCAGCGCAGACGGAUGGACGAGGCAUCGAGGAGGUUCAUGGCAGAGGGCCCAGCUUACGUGCCCUGCAGCCCGUCACUGCCAUCGUCCACCACUGGUGCCACUACCUCCAUACAUGCUGAGGGUCCAGUCACGGGACGGAUUACCGCACCGACACCUGCAGAGUCUCCUUCUCCCAAAUCACGGAAGAAGAAGAUGAGAGCAGGUAAGAGUCUCAGUACUGUGAGGAGGGUGACACAUGCGAUGCGGGAGACUCAGCCCGGGCUGGCCGGUUUACAUCCGCGGACUCGGGAGGCAUUGGCCCUGGACGUUGUCGCGGAGACAGUAGGUUGGUGGGAGAGGGGCUCCAGCCGGGCAACGGAGCAGCCCAUCACAGCACCUACUAAGGCGAAGAUGCCAUGUACUGGGGGGCGCACAGCAGGUAGGGGGGAGGAGGCGGAGCACAGCGCCCCCCCGGGAGGAGCAUGGCCGGACGUCUAUUGGGGGAGGAUGUGAGGACGGUGCCUGCGCAGCGACCGUCA